AUGGGGUUCGCUUCCGCUUCUCGCGAAGAGAAGCUAAAAAUGAUGAAGACGAAUAAAACGAGAAAAACGACGAAGAACUUGAAUCGUUUGGCGAAAAAGAAGAAGUUGUCCAGAGAAAUUCGCGAUGGAAUGUCAGAUAUUAAAGCCAGAAAAUCUGCUGACUUGCGGCAAAGAGCUGUUAAUAUUGAAGACGAUUUCAUCGCCGACAGAGAAGCUCGCUACGAAAAUGACGACGAGGAAGACUUGCCGUUGGAUAUGAUGGAUGCUGAUAUCGAUUGGGAGAAUAGUGCGUUCGCUAACGCAAAACGAAGGCUUGAUAGAAAAAGAAAUGGUGGAGCAGAUAGCGACGAAGACGAAGAUGAAGAUGACGUCGAGACAAAGAAAAGAAAAUUCGCCGGACAGCUCGAAGAAGGUCAUGAAGAAUUGUUGCCAAUCAAGCUGAAAGACGGAACACUUAUCAGGCCGACCAGGGAAAAAGAAGUAGAAGAACAAGAGGAAGAAGAGAAAAGUGAUAUCGAUGAAGGGGAAGAGGAUGAGCCACACAAGGAAGAUUUCUCGCAUCUUUCUGCUUCUGAACUUAUCACAAAACGAAGAGAAUUGCUACAAGAGUUCAAAGACACAAUUGCAUCUCAUGCCAAUAUGCUUUUAGCUAAUCCACAAGUUAAUAUUGUUCGCCUCCGCGAUCUCUACAAUCUCUGCAAUGGAGAAAAAGUGCAUUCACUAGUCCGAGAACCCGUACAAAAGUUGGCGAUGGCUAGUACGCUUCAAGUGCUGCUUGAUAUUGUUCCGGGUUACGCGAUUCGUGAGCAGACAGCGGAAGAAAAAUCGCAGAAACAAAAGAAGGAGACAAGAAAUUUGGUGAAUUUCGAGGAGUCGUUGCUCAGAUAUCAUUUGAAGUAUCUGCAGUUAUGUGAGAAGUUGUCGAAUAAGUUGGUUGGAAAGGAUAGGCAUAAUGAUGAGAACACUUUCACUUUCAAGAUGGGCAUUCUAUCAGUAAAGGCUCUGGCUCGAAUUGUUAUCUCCGCUCCACACUUCAACUACUCCACCAACAUCAUCUCUAGUCUCGUUCGUCUCUCCCUUGCCAAAAAUGAAACCGUUGUUAAAGAAGUGUGCGAUGCUAUUCGGACAGUUUUCAAAGAGCUCCAUCUCAAAAUCACUCUCUUCACUUCUCGAUCCAUUUCAACACUGGUAACGAAACGAAAGGGAAGGGUGUCGCCAGAGUUGUUGAAGACUCUUCUCAGUAUGAAUAUCACUGAAGUUGCAAACGAAGAUAAAAAGUCUGGAAAGGAUGCGUUGAUUGCUAAGAAGUAUCAGAUCAAAAAGGAGAGAGCCAGUAAAACUGCGAAAAAGUACAAAAAGCAAUUGGCAAGACUUGAAGCCGACCUUUUGGAAGUGGAGGCAGAGGAAUCGUUGACAAAGAAGAUGAAACAUGCCACUGAAGCGAUGAAAUUCGCUUUCCAAACCUAUUUCUCUGUUCUCAAGCGAAUGCCAUCGUCGGCUCUUCUGGAGCCGGUUCUUGAAGGACUCAGCAAAUUCGCUCACUUGCUCAGUAUUGAAUUCUAUGAGGACAUCGUGUCAACUAUGGAGAACAUGGUUCAAAACGAGAACUUGAAGCCGUUGGAUCAACUUCACUGCAUCAAUACAGUGUUCGUUAUUCUGUCAGGAGACGGACAGCUUCUAAACAUUGACCCAUCGAAGUUCUAUCGACUUGCCUAUCGAGUCCUGAAUCAUUUUCCAUUUGAAAAGCGUCCAGAGCAAAGAAAAAAUCAAAUUGUAAUGGCAGCGAAGACAUUGGAGACCAUGUUAGUAACAAGGAGAAAAGCAGUUCCUUUAUCUAGAGUUGCUGCAUUUGUCAAGCGGCUUCUCUCAAUCGCCACAGUUCUCGACGAUUUUCCAGCACUCUGUAUCGUCUCGCUCGUUCGAUCUCUUUUCAUUGCUCAUCCAAAACUGUCAUCGAUGAUCGAAGACGAAGAAGGAGGAGCUCCUGGAGUUUUCCGCCAAGACAUUGAUGAUCCAGAUGUGGCUAACGCUCUUGCUAGUGAUGUUCGUGAUGAGCUAUCAAUGUUGGCUCGGCGACGAAACGUGGAGCUGUCGCGAUUCGCUAACAACAUUCUGUACGGUGUUCCGUCGACAGGAAUCUUCAAAUUGAACCCGCAAUUGUCGUCUUUAAAGCCAUGGAUCCUGAUGGGACAGCUUACGGACAACGCCAAAGAAGCGUACGAUCGUGUCGAGACCAAGUAUCUGGACGAGCUCGAGAAGACGGCCAAGAAGCGAAACCAAACGGUGACGCCGAAGAACAUCAAUUUCCACAUCUCCAACUGGCUUACUGUAGCCAAAUAA